AUGUACGGUUUUCCUCCAAGUUUUAAUCCAGGAUCACAAAUUUCUUCUCAACAACGAAUAUAUCCACAGAUUAGUAAUGGAACACAAAUUCAUCUUAGUGGAACACCGACUUCUAAUUCACAACGUUUUGAAAUUAAUUUGAAAACCGGUUAUGGCGAUAUUACUUUACAUGUUAAUGUACGUUUUGAUCAAAACACAAUAAUUUUAAAUAGUUGUCACGAAAGUUCGUGGGCGAAUGAAGAACAAAGAGCAUUAGUUAUAUCUUCUAAUAUGCCGUUUCAAAUGGUUAUUAUGUGUACACAAGAUUGUUUCAAAGUUGCAUUGAAUAACCAACAUUUUACUGACUUUCGUCAUCGUAUACCAUUCUCAUCGAUUGAUUCGAUCGAAGUUAAAGGCGAUGUGACACUGAAUUCAUUACAAAUUUAUCCUAGUUCUACUCCACAGUAUCAUCCAUCAUCAUAUGAAAUGGGAAUGUUAUCCGGAUAUCUUAGCGUUCCACUUCUUCAACAAGUAACAUGUUUUCCUGGUUCAAGAAUUUUUAUUCAAGGACAAAUUAAUCCAAAUCCUCAACGAUUUGAAAUUAAUUUGUUGAAUGGUCUGUACGAUGGUGCAGAUUGUGCGUUUCACUUUAAUCCCAGAUUUAAUACACUACAGAUUGUGAGAAAUUAUCGACAAUGUGGAUAUUGGAGCAAUGAAGAGAACUACCAACAUGGUCAUCAUCAUCAUCAACGAUUGAAUGUGCCAUACGAAACACCAAUCAAUCCACCGAUUAGUUACGGUACUCAAAUCCAUAUUUCUGGUACACCAGCACACGGUGCCAAUAGAUUUGAAGUGAAUCUAGCAAAUCAUCGAGGUGAUAUUGUUUUACAUAUUAAUCCGCGCUUCGAUCAAAACACAGUCGUUCUCACUAGUGCGCCCGGUGGAAAUUGGGGUGCAGAGGAGCGACAAUCAUUGACAUUACAUCGUGGUCAGCCAUUCUCACUAAUUAUUAUGGUCACUGCUGAAGGAUUUAAAAUCGCACUCAAUAAUCAACACUAUGCUGACUUUCGUCAUCGUAUACCAUUCAAUGCAGCAGAAUUAGUUCAAGUUAAAGGUGAUGUUCAAUUGAAUUCAGUUCAAAUUUAUCCGGGAUAUGGAGGAGGUCAUGGUAGUCAAGCCUUUUCAAUGCACGUUCCAUUUAUGCAACAUAUCAAUAUGUUUCCAGGACGUACAAUUCAAAUUGAAGGUCAACCAACAGGUCAAAGAAUGGAAAUUAACUUAUUAGGUGGUUCGUAUGAUGGUGCUGAUGUUGCAUUACACUUUAAUCCAAGAUUUGAUCAACGCGAAAUUGUCCGAAAUUCAUGCCAAAAUGGUGGAUGGGGAGCGGAGGAAAAACACGGUCACUUUCCUUUACAAUCUGGAGUACCAUUUCACGCCCAAAUUGUUUGUUACCCACAGUAUUAUCAAAUACUAAUCAAUGGCCAACCAUUUACUGAGUUUCAACAUCGUGUACCAUUUCAAAAUGUGCAAGCACUUCAAAUCAAAGGAGACGUUCGAUUAACGAACGUUAGAGUGAUGUGA